UUUACUUAGGCAAAAGCAAUUUAAUAAUAUAUAUAUUUUUGACGUUUUACUUCUUGAAAUCGCACCAUGGAAAUCAUCAAAGGUACUUUGGAUGACAUUUCUCGACCUGCAUCGAGUGAGCAGACAGGCAGCCGUGUGUCAAGCAUGUCAUUGUCUCAUGGUGACAGAAUUGGUACAACUACUCCAUUUGCUCUGGUUGUUUUGACUAACGAUGCUGCUGAUGUUCAGAUCCAGAGCCGUUAUGAAGAAAGUUUAAUCAACUCCUCAUCCAGAGGUCUGGACAAAGGCCAGUGUCCCCUUGAAGUUUCCGAUGAAGAAAAAGAAAAUCCCCGACUACAGAGGGCCUUUGAGGAAAUGAAACGACUUGAUGAAAUACUUUCUGCAAAGAUCUGCAUUGAAAAAGAAGUCAAGCGUCAAAGGAAAGAGCUUCAAGCUAAACUCUGGCAAGAGCUCAUGCAGAAUAAUCGUGAAGGUCACUCUGAAUGUGCCCAAGAAGCCAUGAACACAAGGUUGUUUUUGGCUCUGGAAGCACCCACUGGUAAGCAAAGGCAUGAGUAUACAGAUCCUCAUAGAUCAGAUGCAGUCACUGUGAGACAUCUGAAAUGUAUUUUUUUUUAUCUUACAGUAACAGAAGGGGAGGACAACUUUGUGCCUGUGUUUGAAACUCAAGUUCCUGACGGGGAGCAAAGCCAAGAUAGCCAAUACUUGGAACAAAGUGAAAGGAGGCCAGACAGCUCAACAGACUUAUUUGAACAAGACCGUGAGGAGACCGGGGAAGAGCAAUUUGAAGGCAGCCACUGUGGAGCUUCCAAAGGCAAGAGAAAACAGAAGGACUUUGUGAAGAGAAACAUUGAGUUAGUAAGUGGUGAGGGGGACCAAGUGCUUUUGACUCAGGCAGAGAUCGAGCGUCUGGCCGAGCUCCUUGGAGAAGUAGAGGAAGAUGAAGAGGAGAGUGCCAGAGGUGCAGACAGCGAGGGGGAUAUGUGGGCCGUGUCCGUUUCGACGGGCCAGGGUUACAUCCCUGAGCCCUCUGACCUGGAGCAGCUGAUUGACAUUGACUCCAAAAUGCGCCUUCUCCUUCCUGUCGAAGAAUUUGCCUCAAUGAACAGCUCGUACAGAAACCUGACCAUGUCCCAGGGCCGUGGCUCAGAGGUUGGCUGGAAGUGUGAUGGGGACCCGCAGCCAGGAGAGAAGGCCCUGCAGGAUAUAAAGGAGAGGAGAGGGCAGGAGAGGAGGCUCCAAGAGAUCCAACAGCAGCUGGAGAUCCUGGGCCAGGGCCAACAUAUGACUAAUGAGUCAUCGGACCUUAUUGAGGAGCAGUUGCUUAGUCUGCUGGAUGAAUGUGAGCUGACAGACAGCUGGACCCAGGAUCUUGAGACAAACGCAACAACUGAUUGAGACUCAAACAAUCUGUAUGUUCCAAUACCCAAACUAACUAUGGAGUAUGACACAAACAAAUGUAGUAUGUCCAUUGUCCACAAUAUAUAAAAAGUAAAAAGCAGUAAGCCAAAAAGUCAGCAUGAUUUUCUCACUAUGUUGACCCACAAUUCUUGGAAGCUGCAGUACUUAUUAAAAGUGCUUUUUAAAGCAUGCGAUUUUUAAUGCAGCCAAAGAUGCUAACAACUGGAAGCCUUACAAUCAGAACGCCUAUCAAGAUGCAUCUACCUGGGACAGCACUAUCCGGCUACUAGAGCGUUUAUGAGAUAAACAUUACUGGAUCUAAACAUAUUUAACAACAAAUUCCUAACCCUAUCACAACUGAUAUUCUGAAUUUACAAACAUCUGAGUGAA